GAAAGGAGGCUACGACAUGCGGAUCAGCAGACCUAGUGGCGGCGCGGUGCCACGGUUGAACGCGCUCCUGGUGCCCGGCGAGGGCUCCAUCACCUCCCCGUACGACGACCCGAACAGUCCAUUGCCCUUCGACCCCAUCGAGCCCGACCAGGCCCCGAAGCCGUGGAAG